GGGCCCUGGUACCUGCAGGUGACAUGACAUAGCAUCGCGCAGCUGUAUGUAAAGCCAGCGCAGCACCCGCAAGCUUCUGGACCCUGUUUUCUCAAUGCCCUUGCGUUUUCAGGUUUCUGCGUCUUAAUCGAGAUCGUGCGGUUUGGAGAUAUUUCCCCAUACGGUAGACCUCUUCCUGCUUUAAGAAUAGUUGUUCCCUUCUGAAACUCACCUUUGUCGCUCGCUCGCUUUCCCCGCAUCCUUCUUGUUUGUUUGUUUUUGCGCGAUUGUAUACGCGUGUUACUAUCGUAUAAUGUCUAACAUGGCUGUCUCGUGGGAGAAAUCGACACAUGGGUCUCUUACGCUAUGGGAUAUCGAUCGCGAAUUCCAAGAUGCGCAUGAAGCAUAUGAGCAAUGGCAGGCGCGGCACCGUCGCACGCGUUCCAAAUGGUUGUGUCUCGGCACGAAGAACCGCGACGAUGCUGUUGGCAAAGCUCUGAGUCUGGGGCGACAAAUCCAAAGGAUUAUGGAGCAAGGAAAAGCAAGAUUCGGGGUACGAUUCGAGGAAGGCGACACAAAAUGCAACACCAUCCUCUCAGCACAGCUCCUACGAAUCCAAUACGAAAUCAGGCAACCACUUUACGACAGCGUUUUCUCCUCGACACCAACGAUACCCAUUGACGACAUAAUUACGACCGCCAAAAGCGUCCGUCGCGCCUGCCUUACUGCCCUGCGCGAACAAUACGCACGUCUAGAAUCGCCCAUUCUAUCGCCCAUUCUACCCCCUCCACGUUUCAAAGUAGAGUUCUGCCCGUUCGCAGACAGCCUCCGGAAAGAUCUCAAGGAAUCCAAAUCAAGUACACUACGCGCAAAGAAAGCUUUCCCACACGAUAAACACGAUGACCGCGAAAUCUGCCCACACUGUGACGCGUGCAUCUCUGUCGCCGCACACUCCGGACUGCCAGCGUCCAGAUGUAUACUCUUCACUUCGCACAUUGCGCUAGACCCAAUGGCGACGAACGACAAAGCGACCUUUGCAUGCAACAGCUGCUACAAGACUUUUGACGAUUCCUACGCCUUCCUCGAUCAUUAUUUUCAGAAACAAAUCGGGAGUGAGAGGAGUUGUUUACGGCUGUCUGUACAAAGGAGCUCAAGUUGGUUCUUGAACGAGCAGUUCCUUGACAACGACCCCUCGAUUGUUGAACAGUGUUUGAAGAAUUGUAUGGCGAGAGAGACUAUGCGAGGUAGAGGCCAUAAGAAGAUGAAGAGUCAGAUUACUAUACGACAAGUACAUUCGAGCGGGAACGAUUGAAGUUUCCCUAACCGGAGAUGAUAACACGACCGCACAUCAUGCCGCCAUUGACAGGAGCAAAACGACGAAGCAAAGCAACAUUCGUCACCAUUACACGAUCAGCUGUAUACGAAUGCGUCCUUUGGUAUCGCCAGUUAGCCAUUCGAGUCGCAAUGCGACAACAGAGACCUUACACAUACCGUCUCACGACCCGCACACAAGUUCCACACCAAAGCCAAAGCUUUCGUAUGAACGCGGACGGAGCGCCGCUUUCUCCGCCUCUUAUCCUUCUUGUACUAUACAUACUUUUUCCUGUACACAUACCUUUAUUCUCAUGUCUAAUGGCCUAAUGUUUUUGUCAAGAUUUUCUAGAUCAUAGCAGAGUACGUCACGAGCACGAUAGAUACGGACACGAAUCUACAAUUGCGCAUCAAAACCCCAGCGCAGGCUCAACUCGAUGAAUACAAACACUUUCUCAAACAAGUA